AGUGUAGUUCAUCUAGAGGAAUUAAUCCAACAGGGUCAAGAAUCGGGAUCCAGGUCACUGAUUGGUGAAAUGUAGGAAAAUGAGAGAUCGUGGAUUUUCACAGAAAGACGGAGAUACUCUUUAUUGGUGUGUCCUGGAUGGGGUUGAAAAGAGAUUAAUGAGUAAAUGGUAGAGACAAAGGGGAAUAGAAGUUUAAGAGGAUUUUUAAGUUGCUCAAUUGCCAAUAAAUUUCCAUUUAAUUAGUUUAACUUUCAUCCACAAAAGAGCUAAACAUAAUACCAAUAGCCCUGGCAGUUAAUUUCAUAGUUUAUGUUGUCUAUGCAUUAGUUGAAUAACAAAAGUAAACAUGGCGGAUGAUCAUGAGAAGGAUGCAAAUACACAAGAAUUUAAAUUAGAUCCCGACUGCGAGUUACGAUUUGAGGUCGAAAGUAAAAAUGAAAAAAUUACGCUGGAGCUGAAGAGUGGAAUGGCUGAAAUAUUUGGCACAGAACUAGUCAAAGGAAAAAAUUAUGUUUUUACUACGGGAGCCAAAAUUGCUGUAUUCACGUGGCAAGGAUGUGUGGUAGAGCUGAGGGGGAAGACGGAUGUUAGCUAUGUUGCAAAGGAAACACCAAUGGUGAUGUACCUCAACGUGCACGCGGCGUUGGAACAGCUGCGACGCAGCGCGGAGGCGGGCAGCACCCGGGGCCCCAUCACCAUGGUGGCCGGCCCCACCGAUGUGGGCAAGUCCACCGUCUGCCGGCUGCUGCUCAACUACGCCGUCAGGAUGGGCCGGCGACCCAUAUUCGUCGACCUGGACGUCGGUCAGGGACAGAUCUCCAUACCGGGAACCAUCGGGGCGCUGCUGGUGGAGAGGCCGGCCAACGUGGAGGAGGGCUUCUCGCAGCAGGCCCCGCUUGUGUACCACUACGGCCACAAGAACGCCGGUGCCAACACAGCUCUCUACAACAUGCUGGUGUCUCGCCUCUCGGAAGUCGUCUCUGAGAGGAUGCAAGCUAACAGAAAAGCCAAUGCGUCCGGAGUGAUAAUCAAUACGUGCGGCUGGGUGAAGGCAGAGGGCUACAAGCAGUUGACGCACAUCGCUCAGGCGUUUGAGGUGGACCUGAUCAUAGUGCUGGACCAGGAGAGGCUGUACAACGAGCUGGUCAGGGACAUGCCCACCUUCGUCAAGGUCGUCUUCCUGCCAAAGAGCGGCGGUGUGGUGGAGAGGAGUCAGUACGUGCGUGCGGACUCUCGCGACAACCGGGUGCGGGAGUACUUCUACGGCCUGCGCACCCCGCUCUACCCCCACUCCUUCGACGUGUGGUUCAGCGACACCAAGAUAUACAAAGUGGGAGCCCCGGCGUUGCCCGACUCGUGCAUGCCGCUCGGCAUGAAGGCAGAGGACAACAUGACAAAGCUGGUGGCGGUCACCCCGGGUCCUAAUCUUCUUCAUCACCUACUCGCGGUGAGCUUCGCAUCAUCUGUUGAAGAAGAUGUCAUCACAACGAAUGUGGCUGGCUUUAUUUGUGUGACGAACGUGGACAUGGAGAGGCAGUGCAUGACGGUGCUGUCUCCCCAGCUGAGGCCGCUACCAAAGACUCUGCUGCUGCUGUCCGAGGUGCAGUUCAUGGACAGUCACUAGCGACUCACCGCGGACACUACAUGCAACGCCCGUCUCUGUUGUGCAACUACGCAGAUACUAGUACAAGCGGACAGUGAACUUGGAAAGGUUUUUUCUUUUGUAGUUGCAUGUGUGUGUAAUUUGUCGCCGUCUAAUUUCAGUAAUGGUUUGUGGAAAGACGAUUUCUCCUAUCAUUCAAAAUAAAGUUUUUCUAUUUUGUAUAA